UGAGCGUGUUAUCCAGCGUGACUGUCUCUCUUUUGACAACGUACCAAGAAGGAAGUUGUGGCAGGCAGCCACUGAACAGUUACGGAGGAGAGGAUUCCGUGAUGUCGAACACUGAUCAACGAGAUGGAGUGAACGCCGGCGGUGGUAGGCCUGAUGACCGAAGGCGGUAUAGGCCCCCUACGUGCUUUGCAUGCAAUGAAGCAGGGCACUACGCGAAACAGUGCCCAAAUCGGGCCCCGAGGCAUCAUCAAGCGAGACCAUCAACCUCUGCUGACUUCCGGGGAUCUCGAUCGCCAAGAAGGUAUGACCCUCGUAGAAGGAGGGAUUCGCCUGAGAGGGAUUCGGAGAUUAGAACGACCGUGAUGAAGUUGAGCAAGUCGGUGUCGGCCAUGCACGACUUUGUCGAGCGGCAGAAUCUGAAGAAAGAAGAGAAGGCGCGAAAGAAGCGAGAGAUGAAGGAAGCUGCUGAGCGUGAGGAAGCGGAGAGACUGAGACAGGAGGAGAAGGAGGCGCAGGCUGCGGAAAAAGCUCGGAAGCGCGCGGAGGAACUGAAAAAAGCCGCCGAUGCUGAGAAGGAAAGACGAGCACAGAUGAAAAAGGAUGUGGACCUCUCUGUGGCAAUUAGACUGAACGAAAUGGAGGGCAGUUGGUUUCAGAGAUUGCAUAGCGUGAUUGGACCGUUGUACACUACAGCUGACAAGAAUGGGAAGAAGAAAGUCAUCUAUGAGUCCGGCGAUGAAAGUGAAGCCAGCGACACGAGUGUUACACAAGAGCUAAGUGAGCGCACUUCGAGGCUGCAGAUCUCGGAGAAACGGAAACGUGGACCCGAGGCUGUACUCGAGGACAGCCCUCCUAUGGACAAGCCACCUAAACGAACACCGAAGCAAGGAGGAUUGAAACCUGUGAAGCUGACGGCUCGCAUGACCCGGGCAAGAGCGCGGAGACCGUCUGGGACCAUGCCGUUGAAGAAGACUCCAGGGCGAUCACCUACUAUCAUCUCUCCUGUGAAGACGCCGUUAUCUGGACGCAAGACACCAAAGACUCCGAAAACGAUCAGAGCGACUCCACCGCGAAUGCCACCAUUCACCCCGGUUACACGCAGGGCUUUGGAACGUCUGCGCUAUCGGAACAAAAUGAUCGAUGAUUUGAAAUCUCUCAAUGUUGUCGAAUUGCAGAAGCUGUGCAAGAAGGAGGGCAUUCCCUACAAUGGUAAAAUUGAGUCUAUUCUUGAUAUUGCCGACAUGAAGGUAAUGUCGAAGUUUGGCACCGCUUCGCAGGAGAAUGCCGAGGUGAUCGUUGUCGAAGAAUCUGAGCACCAGGGAGAUGGCUCUUGCCGCGAGGGCGGAUCCGAGGACGUCGCUGCCUGAGGACCCUUGGAGACGCCGAAGCUGUGGAAGCUUGGCAAGUACUUGACU